AUGGCACGUUGGGCGCAGGCUUUCCUGCUUGUCAACAUAGCAACAUCAGUAGUGAGAGGGAGAGUGGAGAAAGAGCUGUCACCAGAGUGCAGAGAAUUCCUCUACAUGGGAACACCACCGACUGGGCUGGAGCACCACUCCCUCCAGUUCAUUUGUCAGCGUUACAACAAGAGGCCACGCUACGUGACGCUGUACAACACCGUGGACCACAUACCUGUGUACUCUGCUUACACUUUCAAACGCUCAGAUGGGGAGAAAUGCGUGGAUGUCCCAUGGAUGUAUGAACCUCAGCUAUCCACAACCUCUGAUACUGAUGAGAUGCAGCCGUUCCCAAGUGGUUACAUGCACAUGAAUUUUGAAGACGCCCAAGCUGUUCUGGAUGAUUACACAAAUGCCAUCCUUUAUGAGCGUGGCACCCUCAACCCGGAUGAGCACCAGGAUGAACCUGAUGACAAGGCCUCCACCUACACCCUCACCAAUGUCGUGCCUGUGGUGCCCGACUUCAACAACGGAGUCUGGAACGAUCAGGAGCACAUCAUCCGCAAACGGCUUAACAACUACUGCCGCGGAACAGCGUACAUCGUCACAGGCAUAACCACCUCGGGGAAGAUGAUCCGCCGGGAAAACAUCAAUCGCGUAGCAGUGCCCACAUACUUGUGGUCCGCUUAUUGCUGCGUUGAUUAUGAUCACAAUGCACCUUAUAACGAGCGCUAUAAGUUCCCAUCUUUUGCUUACUAUGGCUUGAAUGAGGAGGACAACGAGGUGGUGGAAAUCAGCGUUCAGAAGCUGAAGGAGUUCCUCAAGAAGACAACCUUUGUAGACCACAACUUUCAGAUCUUUGUGGAUGACUGUGUCCCACCAGCAUCCAGUAAAAUUGAAUAG